CUGGUUGUUUGAUACAAAGUCUUGAGAGGAAACGACCGGUAUAAAAACGGGUGCAGGUUUGUGCAAUUCCUCAAGAAACUCCAGUUCGAGAAGGCGGUAGUGUCUCUCCACCGGCUUGCAUCGCACUUCUACACGAUUUCAGUCUGUCAGCUUACUCUCGGCUCAACAUCAUUUCCAACGAUGCUGAUAAAGUGUCUCCUCCUUGCACUUCUCGCCAUAAUCGCAACGCGCGCUCUUUCACUUCCGCAAGAAGAUGAUUCAGCAGACAUGGUUUACUUGAGCAGUCCAAUUAUAAUGGUACGGGAGAAACGGUCAGCAUAUCCUGGCAGAGCGAUGAUGUUCCACGGAUAUUUCGGCAACGGGGGCCACCCUUACCGCAACCCCGCGACGCCCCAUGAAGGUUACGACAGACACAACGGUAGAUCGUACGAUCCUCAGGGUACCAUGACUGCAUUUGCUUCAGGAGACACGGUAUCAACUGGCUCAGCCUAUUAUGGCAACAGAGGUGGGUCUGAUUGCAGGCAUUGUAACGGCGCAAAGAAACCCGACGACGCUAACGGCAAUAAGAAGAAAGGUAACGGCCAUGUUAACGGAAACGGAAACAGACAUUCCAUAAAUGGUAACGGAUUCCACCAACAUGAAGUUCCUAGUGACACACCAGCCCCUAGCAACAACCCUAUUGAUGGAAACGAGGAACAGAAACCCGUUGGGGGAUACGACGUUGGUUACCCAAAUGACAACGGAAAUGGUUACUUUGGGGAUCAGCCGGCCGCUGAAGAAACUGCAAAGGGAGAAUCUGUUCCACCUUCAGCGCCAACUUUUCCAGCUGCUACAGAGGGUCCCAAGAAAGGUCCCGCGGCUGACGACUCCGAAGAAGAGGAAGAGGAUGACGAACCAUUGUUCUUUACCCGCGGCAAGGGGAAGGGAAGGGGGAGGAACCAAGUCCCGUAUUACAACUCGUUCUUCCCCAUAGUGUUCGGGGCGUACCCUGGUUAUGGGGUUGGAAGAAAUCGUGACCCUGAAGACGGUGAUGCCAACAGCCCUGGAGUAGUCACUGCCAUUGCAAACAGCUUCAGCACAGGGCGAGGCGCUGUUGCCACAAGUCAUGCUACUGCAUACGGGAGACCCCAGUUCGUACCUUCGGGGUACAGAAAGAAUGGAUCGAGAGGACGUCCCCAGUGACAACGGUCGCUGGAAACAAGAAAAUUGUUCUUGGGGCCGAACAAGGCCUCCGGUGUUAUUUUACUGUUCAAAGAAAAGAGAAGACAUGGAGGAUGAACAUUUGAAACCCUCCUCUGGAGGACAUACUUAUUACCGUUCAUUACUUGACAGAAUUAGAUCAGUUUACGUACUAUUACCUCAUGAGAAUCAAUGUGAAUCAUCGGAGGUGAUGAAACAGUGUUAUUGUUUUGCAGUUCAAGGCAAAAUAAAGACCUCGUUCUUAACUCCAAAUAUAUCUUAUAAAACAAAUCGUACUAUUCUGUUGGAAAAUUAAACAGGAAUAAACCACAAAGUCACUCAA